GUAUAAUUCUGGAUGACAUAAUCUUGAUUAUAAAGCCGUAUCUUAUUUAAUUCCUUAAGCUUCUUCGUAUUUUCCUUAAUCUAGUUGAUAACGUAAAAGCACUGGGAGAAUCAAAACCUAAUCCACUUCCAUUUGGAGGAUUUCACUUUUAUCCCUUGUGAAUCAAUUUUAAAGGAACUAUUGAGCUUGAAUCAUCCAGUCGAAGAUUUAAUGGCGCGUGCUACUAGUACUAAUGCAGGGCCAACUUCAGGCAGUCGUGGCGUCCCUUCCAACGCGGUCGGCUUGACGAUGACUGAAUGCGAGAAGAUGAUCCGGAGAAGUCUCAGAGAUCCCAAGGUGAAAUUUCUCAGUGAGCAACUGGAGAAAUCAGGGUGUGGUAUUGGAAACAAUUUCAUCAAGGGGUACAACUGUGAAGAAGCCCUAGCCGGGGGAUAUAAUAGGGCUCAAGGGGUAUUUGUAUGUUGUAAUCACUUGAUAAUACAAGACCAAGUUACCCAAGUAGUGAUUCAUGAGCUGAUUCAUGCAUAUGACGAUUGUCGUGCUGUGAACUUGGACUGGAAAAACUGUGCUCAUCAUGCCUGCAGUGAGAUUCGAGCUGCUCAUCUCAGUGGUGAUUGCCAUUACAGAAGAGAGUUAUUUCGUGGUUUUCUAAAGCUAAGAGGUCAUGGGCAAGAAUGUGUGAGGAGAAGAGCAAUGGAGUCCCUGGCCUCAAACCCAAACUGCUCAGAAACAGCAUCAAAGGAUGCGUUGGAAGCUGUUUGGAAUAUUUGUUAUAACGAUACAAAGCCCUUUGACAGAGUUUAAUUGUAGAAUUACUAGUUUUGGUUUUCCUAUAAAGAAAUCAUCAGCUUCUGUAUGAUUAAGAAUCUUAGAAUCUUGAAAUUUUGAAAUAAACAUACUGAUAUUGAUUUGCACUCAUGAGAGUUGCUCAAUGAAUGUAUAAGUUCUUGAA